CCAUCUUGUCCACUAGCGACGCUGAGAUCAUUAUUCAUGCGUUCGUUACGUCUCGUCUCGAUUACUGUAACGUAUUAUUUUCGGGCCUCCCUAUGUCUAGCAUUAAAAGAUUACAGUUGGUACAAAAUGCGGCUGCAAGGCUUUUGACAAAAACAAGAAAGUUUGAUCAUAUUACGCCUAUACUGGCUCACUUGCACUGGCUUCCUGUGCACUUAAGAUGCGACUUUAAGGUUUUACUACUUACGUAUAAAAUAUUACACGGUUUAGCUCCAGCCUAUCUCGCCGAUUGUAUUGUACCAUAUGUCCCGACAAGAAAUCUGCGUUCAAAGAACUCCGGCUUAUUAGUGAUUCCCAGAGCCAAAAAAAAGUCUGCGGGCUAUAGAGCGUUUUCUAUUCGGGCUCCAGUACUCUGGAAUGCCCUCCCGGUAACAGUUAGAGAUGCUACCUCAGUAGAAGCAUUUAAGUCCCAUCUUAAAACUCAUUUGUAUAAUCUAGCCUUUAAAUAGACCCCCCCUUUUUUAGACCAGUUGAUCUGCCGUUUCUUUUCUUCUCUCCUCUUCUCCCCUGUCCCUUGCGAGGGGGAGUCGCAUAGGUCCGGUGGCCAUGGAUGAAGUGCUGGCUGUCCAGAGCCGGGACCCCGGGUGGACCACUAGCCUGUGCAUCGGUUGGGGACAUCUCUGCGCUGCUGACCCGUCUCCGCUCGGGAUGGUUUCCUGUUGGCCCCGCUGUGGACUGGACUCCCGCUGAUGUGUUGGAUCCACUGUGGACUGGACUUUCACAAUGUUAUGUCAGACCCACUCGACAUCCGUUGCUUUCGGUCUCCCCUAGAGGGGGGGGGUUACCCACAUAUGCGGUCCUCUCCAAGGUUUCUCAUAGUCAUUCACCGACGUCCCACUGGGGGAGACAAGACGGGACCGCCAACGGAUCAGCCACUCAUGGCGCUCCUUAAAAAAGAAUACACCCCCUGCAGACGAGUGUCCGCCAUGUCUCAGGCUGCCCCAGCCAUAAUGUCUGUCAGCCCCAGCCGGGCCCUAGUGGAUGAGGCGUUCAAGGUGCUGGUGGAGAAUCUGCCUCCAGGAGCUCCUGUGACCCUGCGCUCCCUCCACCAAUCAGAGGACAAAGACCACUGGGAGGCUUACGGCCACUACGUCAGCGACCCCACGGGAGCGGUGUCUGUCACAGACGACUUAAGCCUCGGAGGGACUUACCAAGGAAAAGAAGCCAUGGGUCUGCUGUGGAGCAUGCGGCCUGUUCCUGGUAGCCGUACGGGCCUCAGGCUGCGGAAGUUGAACGUGUGCAGCCCCAUGCUGGUCGCCAUCUCCGUCUACAGUGGCCAUGUUUGCGACAAUUUCAGCCAGCAGCCUCCUCUGGCCACCGUGCUCACGGAGCGAUGGUACAUGGCGCCGGGGGUCUGCCGGCUCGACGUCAAGGACAGAGGGGUACGAGGGACCCUCUUCAUUCCUCCAGGUCCAGGACCAUUCCCGGGGAUGCUGGACAUGUGGGGGGGCGGCGGGGGGCUUCUGGAGUAUCGCUCGGCCUUGUUGGCGACGCACGGUUAUGCCUCUUUGGCGUUGGAGUAUUUUGCCCCCGGCGAGCUGGCGUCCACUGACUUGGAGGUGGACUACUUUGAAAAGGCCUUUGAAAUGGUCAGGCAGCAUCCCGCAGUCAUUCCAGACAAGGUGGGAAUUCUGGGCCUCUCCCUCGGCACUACAGUCGCCAUGUAUUUGGCGUCCGAGAGCACCGUCGUCAAGCCAACGUGUUGCGUUUGCAUCAGUGGCAGCCAUUUUUACCCACGAGGCAAAACCCUGAGCGGAGUCCACGGAGACGUUCGAAAGAUCCGCAUGGAUGAGAACCAGAAUCUGAUCUGGCGAGACCUCGUGGAAGUCUCCAGCGACCUGUCAAGGAAAAUGGACGUGAGGAGAAUUAAUUGUCCAAUCUUGUUGGUCAACGGCCUCGAUGACCAGAACCACCCCACCGUGGAGUUUGCCGAGGAUAUUUUCCAGAUGAUGCGUUCAGUAGGGAAAGACCACCUCUUGACGCGUCUAGAGUACCCUGGCACGGGACACCUGAUCGAGCCACCAUAUUCGCCUCACUUUAGAGCUACCAACUUCAUGUGGGACAGCAAAAAGGCCAAAGUGACCCUACUGUGGGGUGGACAAACCCAGGCCCACUCGCACGCUCAGGAGGACUCGUGGAGGAAGAUUUUGGCGUUUCUGCAGCAGCAUCUGUACUCCAGACCGAGUCCAAGAGCCAGGAUGUGAAGCUGAGCCUCACCAUGACGUGUGGGACCACCAGAUGGUGGGCUCUUGUUUCUCACUAUGAUCAUGGACACCAUCUUAUUGUGUUGGUGUGGACACAUCAGUUUGCUUGGAUCACAAAGCCCAACAAUGUUUAACAGCUAAGUAGUCACACAACUACACUGUUUUUUUUUUUUACAUUUUAGGAGACAUUCAUAUUCCAACACUCCAAAAAUGAUUUGUACAUUAAUUUGCAAAUGUGUCAGACAAAACGUGUGCCUAAGUAGUCACAGCCUUUUUCCUUCCACAAACUUAGCACAAUCUUUGGGGCGUUUGACUUAUUCCGCAUGUUUGCAUCCCUCCAGAGAUGUUCAAGUCUUGGCUCGGGCUGGUCCACUCAAAAGCAUUUACAAAGUUGCCAUAGCAACGUUGUCCUGCUGAGCAAUGAAGUGUCGCCCCAGCCUGAGGCGAAGGUUUUCAUCCAGGAUGCGUCUGGACAUUCAUUUUUUUAUCUAUAAUCUCUCUUGUGAGAGAGAUCUCAGGGGCAGUACGGCGUAGUGGAUAGAGCGGCCGUGCCAGAAACCUGAGGGUUCGCUCCCCGCCUCUUGACAUCCAAAUCGCUGCCGUUGUGUCUUUGGGCAGGACACUUCACCCUAGCCCCCGGUGCCACUCACACUGGUGAAUGAAUGAUAGGUGGUGGUCGGAGGGGCCGUAGGCGCAAACUGGCAGCCUCGCUUCCGUCAGUCUACUCCAGGGCAGCUGUGGCUACAAAUGUAGCUUACCACCACCAGGUGUGAAUGAAUGAUGGGUUCCCACUUCUCUGUGAGCGCUUUGAGUAUCUAAUAAUAGAAAAGCGCGAUAUAAAAUCUAAUCCAUUAUUAUAAUUAUUAUUAUUAUCUUGUUUAUCCAAACCAUGCACCAAUCAAUACAAUAUGAAAGCAAACAUAAACAUAAGAAGCCUCUGAAGGAUGAUCAGUGAACACAGGAAGAUGCUGUGAAUACUUAUCCAUCCAUCCAUCCAUUUUCUUCCGCUUAUCCGAGGUCGGGUCGCGGGGGCAGCAGCCUAAGCAGAGAAGCCCAGACUUCCCUCUCCCCAGCCACUUCGUCCAGCUCCUCCCGGGGCAUCCCGAGACGUUCCCAGGCCAGCCGGGAGACAUAGUCUUCCCAACGUGUCCUGGGUCAUUCCCUUGGCCUCCUGCCGGUCGGACGUGCCCCGAACACCUCCCUAGGGAGGCGUUCGGGUGGCAUCCUGAGCAGAUGCCCGAACCACCUCAUCUGGCUCCUCUCCAUGUGGAGGAGCAGCUGCUUUACUUUGAGUUCCUCCCGGAUGACAGAGCUUCUCACCCUAUCUCUAAGGGAGAGAAACUCAUUUGGGCCGCUUGUACCCGUGAUCUUGUCCUUUCGGUCAUAACCCAAAGCUCAUGACCAUAGGCGAGGAUGGGAACGUAGAUCCCAUCUCAGCUCCUUCACCACAGAGGAUCGAUACAGCAUCCGCAUUACUGAAGACGCCGCACCGAUCCGCCUGUCGAUCUCACGAUCUACUCCUCCCUCACUCGUGAGCAAGACUCCGAGGUACUUGAACUCCUCCACUUGGGGCAAGAUCUCCUCCCCAACUUGGUGAUGGCACUCCACCCUUUCCCGGGCGAGAACCAUGGACUCUGACUUGGAGGUGCUGAUUUUCAUUCCAAUCGCUUCACACUCGGCUGCGAACCGAUCCAGUGAGAGCUGAAGAUCCUGGGCAGUUGAAGCCAUCAGGACCACAUCAUCUGCAAAAAGCAGAGACCUAAUCCUGCAGCCACCAAACCGGAUACCCUCAACGCCCUGACUGCGCCUAGAAAUUCUGUCCAUAAAAGUUAUGAACAGAAUCGGUGGCAAAGGGCAGCCUUGGCGGAGUCCAACCCUCACUGGAAACGUGUCCGACUUACUGCCGGCAAUGCGGACCAAGCUCUGACACUGAUCAUACAGGGAGCGCCACAAUCAGACAGUCCAAUACCCCAUACUCUCUGAGCACUUCCCACAGUCCUGUGGGGAGUGCUGUGAAUACUUAUGUGAUGUUUUAAUACAUUUGCAAAUAUUUCGAACAAAUAUUAUCCCAUGUUGUCUUACAGAGUGUUGCGUGUAGAAAAAGAAUUCCGCUUUGGAAUAAAGCGGUAAAAUUAACAAAAUGGUGGAAAAGCAAAGCUCUGUGAAAACUUUCCAAUGCACUCGACUAUUGCAAUAGUUAGCAUUAGCAUUGCAAAAACAACUGCAACUCAUUGAACUGUUUUAUUGCUCUGACCUUUAAAUAUGUUGUACCUGGUAAGUAUUCUUUACCACAAAUUGAUUGGGUGUAAUGAUUAGGUUCAUGGUCACAUGCAAGUUGCUAGAACUUAAACGUUAGCUACCUCGCACUUCAAUCACAGUGUUUUAAAUGACUUAAAUACGUAUUUAUAUUAAUGUCAGCCUUAUCUUAUAUUCACUGUUGAAAAUAACAAAUAAAUGUUU